GGGCGGAAGCGGCGUGGGUGCCAGCCGUCGCCAUGCCCGGGGACCAUCGUCGCAUCCGCGGGCCCGAAGAGUCGCAGCCGCCGCAGCUCUACGCAGCCGACGAGGACGAGGCGCCCGCCGCCCGCGACCCGACGCGACUGCGGCCCGUGUACGCGCGCGCCGGGUUGCUGAGCCAGGCCAAGGGCUCGGCCUACUUGGAGGCGGGGGGCACCAAGGUGCUGUGCGCCGUGUCUGGUCCGCGCCAGGCCGAGGGCGGCGAGCGCGGCGGCGGCCCGGCCGGAGCGGGUGGUGAGGCCCCAGCCGCGCUGCGCGGCCGCCUGCUCUGCGACUUCCGCCGCGCGCCCUUCGCGGGCCGCCGGCGCCGCGCGCCGCCGGGCGGUGGCGAAGAGCGCGAGCUGGCGCUGGCCCUGCAGGAGGCACUUGAGCCGGCCGUGCGCCUGGGUCGCUACCCGCGCGCGCAGCUCGAGGUGUCGGCGCUGCUGCUGGAGGACGGCGGCUCGGCCCUGGCCGCCGCGCUCACGGCCGCCGCGCUCGCCCUGGCCGACGCGGGCGUGGAGAUGUACGAUCUGGUGGUGGGCUGCGGCCUGAGCCGCGCGCCGGGGCCCGCGCCCACCUGGCUGCUGGACCCCACGCGGCUCGAGGAGGAGCGCGCCGCCGCCGGCCUCACGGUGGCGCUCAUGCCCGUGCUCAACCAGGUGGCCGGGCUCCUGGGCAGCGGGGAGGGCGGCCCGACCGAGAGCUGGGCCGAGGCCGUGCGCCUGGGCCUCGAGGGCUGCCAGCGCCUCUACCCCGUCUUGCAGCAGUGCUUGGUGCGGGCCGCCCGCCGGAGGGACGCUUCCACGGCACCGUCGUGAACUAGAAGCCUAAGCAAUGACGGACGCCGUGGACUGAGCUGCCGCCGUCCCCGAAAGGACCUGCGCCGUCGGCUUCCACACUGCGCCGAGCUGAGAACUCGGAGCACGGGAGAGGAUCUGGGGAGGUGCGCACAGAACUGAUGCUCUGGACAGCUGUGUUGGAACGAUUUUUUACAAGCUGUUCCGUUAAAGACACUCUCUACUUGAGCUGGUUCCCAUCUACGACCCAGUUGAAGAAAUCUGCGAUGCAGCCUGACUCCCAAGUUGGAAAAGACUUCAGCUGGACUUAAUCUGGAAAACGGGACCUGGAGCUAUGGUCUUGUAAGGGGUGGACCUUAUGCAGGCCAGCCAGUGACUCCUGCCUGUAUAAUUGGGCUGCUUUUGAGAGAAUGGACAAGGGGGCUGUGAAUUCUCACUUAUAUCUGAGCUAAAACAAAACAAAAACCGUUUUAUAUCUGAAAAAAUCUUUUGUGGUUCUUCUUGGUACAGGAUUUAAAGGAGCAAGGCUUUUCUGAGCUGGAUAGUUUGUUCUUGGACCUCUGGUGUCAAGGGCUUGGGACAGCAUUGUCUUAAAUGUGUCCUGUCCCUUAGACUAACACGAGCAGAAGAGACAGGCUGAAAAGGUUGAUGCAGGGAAAUGUAUUUUGGAGGAGGAGAAGCUGCCCCUCAAGUGCCAGAGUUGGGCCACUGCUGAGGUGUGACAAGAGUGGGGAGGGUUGUAUGGCCCCAGGAGAGCUCCAGGUGCACCCCUCUAGCCUCUGGUUUGGUGCUGGGCAAGACUACAGCUCAGGGUUGGGUAGUUGGGAAGGGUUUGGCUCGGGAUGGAAGUCAGAUCCCACCCUUCCUUGGCCAUAUGCAGAGCAGCACAGCCUGGGACCUCCUCCACUGGUGGUAAGAAGUGGGAGCCCAGGCUGGCUUCAUUAUCUGGUGCCCUGUGUCCAGUCUUGGCUCCUGGGAGAGAGCAGAUGAACUGCCAGGAGUGAGAGCUUCUGGAUGUUGGAAAACCAGAUGCAGUCUGGCCAUUCUGUAGGGCAGAGCCAGCCUGGCUGACUGACCAGAAGGGUGGGGUUAUCUUUGUGUGGCUCCUCAGCCCCUCGGGUUUGUGCUCAGGUCUGGAUUGGAGGAAGGCAGGGCAGCUUUGUCCUUGCUCUGCCCCAGCUUGGUAUGAGCUGCUGAACUUUGUCUCAGAGGCCUGCUCGGCUUCUCUAGGGAGGGCUGGCCUGGGGCAGCCCCAAGGACCGGAAUGAGACUCAGAGACCACACCAAGAACCCCUGACCAGGGAAAAGAAAUGCAGAUUUUAUUUUUCCCCUUCUGAUAUAAUACGUUUCCAGAGCAGACCUGAAAUACAUAGUAUCACAGCAGCAAGGGACAAGGUAGAAACAGGACAUAAAAACGAUGCCUCUAUUCUGAAGCAUGGCUUUGUAGGGUGGAUGGGGAGUCGGGAACUAAAAGGGGUUAUGUGGGGCACAUGCCGAGGACCUUAAAACUCAGUUGCAGACUGGAAGGGGGACUGUAGGAACAAGUAUAUUUCCUCUGCACCACUGGCUGGAGAAAGCUGCCUAGGUCAGCUGCUGUAGGAUGCUCCACACCUAGACAGGACUGGCGGGGUCUCAGGAGGGGAGAAGAGCAGCCAAAGCAGUACCUGCAGUCAGAGAGACUGACUGGUGCUCCCAGGGGUCCCUGUCCAGCUGCCCCUUGCAAGACUGGAUGAGGAUGGUGAGGUGGUUCUAGGCAGUUGCAGGCCUCCUCCCUCCCAUCCCUACCAGUCCCCGGGCUAUCAUCUGGAAACACGACUUCCAAAACUAAAGCCACCCUUGUGGGGAAGCUUCCUGGCUGGUCUGGCUGAGCCGUGCCUCCACUACCAUUGCCUUCACUCCAGAAUGGGUGACUCCGGUUGCACAGGUGCCAUCAGGAGGCCUUUGAAAAACCACACAAGGCAAGGAAGGGGGCCAUCGGGGAAGGUGCCUGGAGCUAAUGAGCCCGGAGGGAUUCCAACCUACUGGCCGCCCUCCUGGUCCGAAGCAUGAUUCUUCACCUGUAGGAAAAAGAGAAGCAGAGCUUGGGUCAGGGGGGCUGAGAGGCACCGUACGACUGGGAAAGGGAGGGCCAUCUACUAACAUCUCCCAGUCUCCCCUUACCCCCACCUCCCUUUCUUGGCAGGUUUGGCAGUUCAGUGCUGUUCUAGAUUCUUCCUGAGUCCUGGGAACCCAGAACUAUCAGACAAAAGAAAGCAUUCUCUCCAUCUAGCUGUCUUUUUCCAGAUGUGACUCUGGGCUGGUCAGUAGUGAGAGCCCUCUGGAACCCAGCAGGCCAAGGGGCAGAGCUGGCGGGUGGAGGAAGGGGAGCUCGUCACUGCCAACCCCCAGCAGCCUGAGCCUUGCUGAGGUGGCCCAAACAGCAGCGGGUCUUGGUCCGCCUCAGGGACCACCAAUAGGGAAGGAGGAUAUGGUAGGACAGGGAACAUUCUGGCCCUUUAAUGAUGCACACAGGGUUAUUAUUAGAUCCAGGUGUGGAUAUUCUCCAUCCAGAAAGGUCUGUGCCACAGCUUCCCUGGGGAGCGUGGUACAAUGCAGACAGUCUAAAGACCCUAGGGGCAGCAGGUGGGGGCCCCGGGACAGGAAAAGGACAGAAAUCUGAGUUUUAACAAGCUUACCAAGUGAUUCUCAGGCAAGGGAUCUGGGGCCACGAGGCACACCUGUGACAUUCCCUCCACAAUGCUCAAAGCCCUCCCCUAACCCCCUCCAUCAGGAUGAGAUGGUAUUUCAGCCCAGAACUGGUCCAGCUGAGCUGACCAAGCCUGAGUUGAGAGGGGAUAAAAAGCAGGGCAGGGCCCAUCUUAUCCUGAGCAUUGCCUGUGGUUGAAGUCAUGCCUCCUCUCCCCCAACCCACCACUGUGGGCUCCCACACAAGUCCGAGUCCCUCCCUGGCCCACAGGGAGGCCACAAGGAGGGGGAAGAUGGGAGGAGGUGCCAGGCCACUCACUGCCUCCUCCGGGUCUGUGCUGUCCUCAGAGCUGUGUGCCUCUGGAUGGGCCCUCUGGCCCCCGGGCUCCUGCUGGGGCUCAGUGGUUCUGCUUGAGGAACCCUUACUUCCAGGGCCCCUGUUCUCUUCGCUGUUCUCUGUCCCUGUGCAGGGAGAGUAACCAGUCAAUGGCUGGGUUUCUGAAGCCCCAGCUAGCUGCUGAGUGGGUGGGGGUGAUAGGACAACCCAGAAGCCACAAGAGUCCUCAAGCCACAGGAACAGCCAGAGAGAGUGGGGUAAGUGCACUCCGGGGGGCAGGGAGGAUCCCUGCAGACAGGAAAAGCAGAGGCAGGACCCUGAGCACCCUUGGCACCCUCAGGAGUAGGAAAAGCUGGAGCCUGCUAAGAGCGUGGCCUGGGCCCACACUCGUGGGUGCCUGACCUGGACGCUGCUCCCUCUGCUGGUCCAUGUGCUCCAGACUCUCCAAUAGGUGGUCCACUUGGGCUUUGAUCUGGCUCAGCUCCCCCCUGAUGGAGUGCAGCUCCUUAGUUUGCACUGUUGGGAGAGGGGCCAGAGUUGGUGCCCCGCUGGGCCCAGGGGGCAGAGAGCAGUGCUGCCAGGGCUCCCAGGCCUGCCCUCACUGCUAGGGGCUGCCCACUCCUCCCUGUUGCUGCGGGUGAGGGCUGUGCCCCCUCACUCACACUUUAUCUGCCCUGGGGGCAGCUGGCUAUUCCUGGGGACCUUGUGGGGACUGAAGCUCCUCUUGACCCCCAUGCCCACGUGGGUCCUCCGGAUCUUGACAGGCACGCGUUUGAUGAGUGGAGGGAUCCUGUGGUAUUCAUACACCCUAUGGGGCAGGACAGAGAGGGACUUAGGCCAACCAGCCCCACCUGUUUGCCCAGAGGACCGAGAGGGCAGGACCCACCCACCUGUAGGGAACAUCUUCCCUGUACAGCUCGUAGUCCAGGUCAUAGUUACUGCAGCUGUGGAAGAGGCGAAUGGGGAAGGGGUCAGUGUCUAUGGCCGGAGUCUCUGCCCAGACUCCAGUUUAACUUGGGGAAACUGAGGUAUGCAGCUUUUCCUUAGAAUCACAGGGUUCUCCACCCAAAGAGCCCCUAGGCACUUGCCCAAGGUCACUUUGAGAGACCACAGCAAACCAGCUUCCCCUGGCUGGCCUCUGAUAAGGAGCACCUUCCCGUGGCUCCAGGUGGCAGGAAGGGGACAGUUGCCUGCAAGCUUCCAGCCAGCCAGAGUGGGGCCCUCCAAAGGCUCCUCUGCCUGACCCAGGCAGUACUGACGUUCUGGACCUUAGUCUGGCAAAGGAUGAAAGGGAGAGUUGUCAGGGCCCAAAGCCACGGUGGGGGUGUAAGAGCCUUUAAUCCUUGCGUGGGAAUCGUCAGGAUGCAGGGCCCAGCACUGGCAGGGCCAGGCAGGCAGGGUUAAAGCCGUGGCCAGGCCACCUACCCCUUUGCUCCAGGGAGAGAUGACGAGCCUGGAAAGUCCUGGGCUCUCACUGCCUGGCCUCACCUCCUUCUCUCAGGCACCAGGCACUCCAGGGAACUGGUGCCCAGGAAGAGUUGAGGGGAUCGGGGCAGAGGGACGACUGGGUCCUUGCCUGGGCAGGAAGGCUCUGUGGGGACACAGCUGCAAGAGCUUCAGGUUUCGUCUGG